UCACACGUGCUAAAAUCCACCGACCUGUUCUGCAGUUUUCGGUGGCGUUUUUGCUCCCGGGCCUUCGAGCGGCUUCCACAGCAUCGUCGGUAAGGAGUUUGCCUCAAGAAAACCCCUGCAACCCUCCAAGAAUCCUAGAAAAGGGGAUCAUCGAAACCCGAACAGAGCAAGAUCGAGGAGAUGGCUACGGAAGGUGCGGUAAUGGCGGUUAUCAGGGCUUCCCGCCCGUCCUUCCGUAACCCCCACGAGAAGGUCGCCUUCGCCGUCCACGCCUCCUUCCUCGCCGCCGGAUUCUCCCUCAUCGCCACCGGCAAGAACGCCUUAUCCGAUAACCCUCCGAUUGGUGGGGAAGAAGUGGGGAUCGAGGGGUGGAACGAGCUGGAGGACAGCUAUGGUUUCUUGUACUCCAAGUCCGAGAAGGGUCAGAAAAAGAAUGUCUUGGUGAGAUGCCUGGUGAUCGGAGACAUCCUUGCGAUUGAUGUCUUGAAUCUUGAGGGAGAGCAGAAGGAACCAUUUAACCUCCAAAUCAAGGUAAAUGAUUACUUGUCUGAUGAUGGGAAUCAGACGAGUAAUUAUGGGGAGUUGUACAAGGAUUUGAAGGGCCUCGUCGAGAACUUGAAUUCCGGUAUCUUGGCCAAAUUGGAACCCAAGGUUGGGAGCAGUGGCGAAGGUUUGCAUAAAAGUACUGCUGAACCUGCUAUCAGAAUUCCAGUUGAGCAUCAACCUGAAAGUUCAGGUAUUGUAUACCCUCCUGUUCCACCGUUUGAAUACAAUGAUGCUUUUCCUGGGCCUGGCGGUGGCUUCUAUCCUAAUAGGUCCCCUGGUAUGCGUGGCGACAUGCUUGUAGGGCCAAAUGAUCCACGCUGGUUUGGUUCCGGUGAAUUUCCUGGCUCUCUUGGUGGACUUCCGGGUGUGCCACCGGGUGCUCGCUUUGAUCCAUAUGGUCCUCCUGGUGUCCCAGGCUUCGAGCCUGGUCGUUUUGCAAGGCGACCGCGACAGCCUGGGAGUGGUGCUCAUCCAGAUGUUCAGUUUUUCCCAAGAGAUCCUGAUUAUAUAUAGGAACGUCAUGCACUGGAGUUUUGAUCUUCUCGGAACAAACCCGAACAGUUUAUGUGUAGUUUAUAAAUAUUAUCGACGUUUGAUAUAUCAAUUAAUGGCCUGUAAAUUGAUGUUCGUGCAAUCUACUGUUUUGGUUUGUCUUUUCAUGGGUGGCUUGUAGAUGAAAUAGAUGUUUGAGCGAUCCAGUCAAGAACUGUAACCUGAUGUGCAUUUGAGCUCUCUUUUUUCUUUUUUUUUUUUUUGAAAAAAAAAUUCCUCCUGGGAGUUCGUUAAAUGGUCUCAAACCGAAUCUGUUAUCUAUGUUAUUUUAUUU